AUCACAGUCAGUGUACGUUUCUGACGACUCGCUCCUUUGUACUUUUCGCGUUUUCGAAAUAAAUAAGAGCAAAGCGGUGGGUGUCGCGAGGCGGCGUGUCGCGGCGAAGAUCCGUGUGCAGCCGUAGACGUUGCGAGUGACAGUUGGUUCAAUUCUUGAAAAGGGUGUGGGCCACGACGCCAGGAAACAUUAGUGGGAGAGUUCGGAAUCCGAGUGUUCAGAGGCGGAGGACUCAAAUGAGUUAGGGGCCAUCGUCAGCCCCGAGAUCAGUGCGAUGGACACUGUGGACAGUGCCAGCAAGCGGCAAGCUACUCGUGUCUUCAAAAAGUCGACCCUCAAUGGAAAUAUCACGGUGUAUCUGGCGAAACGAGAUUUCGUCGAUCACAUAACCCAUGUCGAUCCUAUCGACGGGGUCGUGCUGAUUGACCCGGACUACGUGAAGGAUCGUAAGGUCUUCGGCCACGUUCUGGCCGUGUUCAAAUAUGGACGGGAGGACCUGGACGUUCUCGGGCUGUCGUUCAGCAAGGAUUUGUACCUCGCCGCCGAUCAGAUUUACCCGGUGGUGCCUGGCUCCCAGCAAAGGGAACUGACACGGUUACAGGAGAGACUGAUCAGGAAACUGGGCAACAACGCGUACCCGUUCUACUUCGAGCUGCCGCCCCAUUGUCCCGCGUCGGUGACGCUACAGCCCGCCCCCGGGGAUACCGGGAAACCGUGCGGCGUCGACUACGAAUUCAAAGCGUUCGUAGGCGAGACACAGGACGAGAAACCGCAUAAACGGGAUCUGGUCAGGCUGGCGAUACGAAAGAUUAUGUACGCGCCCUCGAAACAAGGGGAACAGCCGUCCGUCGAGGUUAGCAAAGAAUUUGUGAUGUCGCCGAACAAGUUGUACCUGGAGGCGUCCCUCGACAAGGAGUUAUACCAUCACGGCGAGAACAUCGCCGUGAACGUGCACAUAGCGAACAAUAGCAACCGGACUGUUAAAAAGAUCAAAGUGUCCGUGAGACAGUUCGCGGAUAUCUGUCUGUUCUCCACUGCCCAGUACAAGUGCACGGUCGCCGAGGCGGAGAGCGAUAUAGGGGUAUCGCCAGGAUUCACCCUGAGCAAGGUCUUUUCUCUAAGGCCGACGCUUGCCGACAACAAAGACAAGCGAGGUCUAGCUCUAGACGGUCAGCUUAAACACGAGGACACCAAUCUAGCAUCUAGCACAAUCGUGGUGGAUCCAUCGCAACGCGAGAAUCUUGGAAUUAUCGUCCAGUACAAAGUGAAAGUGAAACUCUGCCUUGGGGCGCUCGGAGGCGAAUUGGUGGCAGAGCUGCCGUUCAUCCUGAUGCACCCGAAACCGGAAGAAGAGGAAGCGGCGCCGUCUACGGCGCGUCCAAGCCCGACGCAGAAAGCGGACAGCGGCGAAAUACCGCUCGACACGAACCUCAUCCAGCUGGAUACAGAGGCGGACGGCGACGACGAUAUAAUCUUCGAGGACUUCGCUCGUCUGAGGUUGAAGGGCGAGACGGAGGCCUGACCAAGUCGUGCCGACACCAUUGCUCUGUACGAAACAGCGAUACGUCCAAUGUUCCAGAACGCUGCGUCGCCGAUGAAGCUGAUUUUAUAAAAUGUUGUGUUCCGAUCGCGUCCUUCCGCGAGAGAAACGGUGUCAACUGAAUGUGAUACCAUUCGCGGACUAGAUAGUGUUUAGGAAGAUGAUCGAGAAUCGAUCGGGAUUCACUUUGUCGCGAUAUGUUUAUUCGAGAUCGGACGGCGGGAGGGGGAUCAAAUGUCUUUGCUCCCAGCCAUACACGAAAUUACGAAACCCUUGUUAUUUUCUAUUUGUCGCAUCUAUCCGACACACCGAACGGUAUACCCUCGGAAUGGUACUAAUCGUUGCACAAAACGGUCCCGUAAUAAGACCGAAGAACACUGCCCGUCGUGACGGGAGAAUACUUACGCUUUGACGCAUUUUUUUUUUCGUGACGAGUAACGAGGCAUCAAAGACUGAACACACCGUUGAGGGAGGAGUAUACAAAAGAAGAAAGAAAGAAAGAAAUACCUUUGCCAAUGACGUAUUUAUUCUAGUUCUAUCGAUUGCGAACAGGGCGAGAAAGCACGGGUUCAUCUCUUUCGAUGGGACAGACUGUUUCCAUUCGGGACUCACGUCGAUCACUAUUUUGGGGCAGGCGGGACAGUCUCGGAACGGGACUAUAAACCGACAGACGUUUCUGUCACUUUAGUUACAUGGCCAGUAUACACAUAUUAUACAUAUAUAAUGUAAUGCAGUCAAUGUUACACGUUGAUUCGCGCAAAAUUAAUCCUAUCAAUCGUAUAAACUUCUCCCGGGUGUCCAGGCCGACACACACACACACACACACGCACACGCGCGCGCGCGCUCGCGCUCGCGUGGACACUUGUUCGCUGAUUACUCGAAGAAUAGAAAACGGCCGUCUACGUAGGGCCAAUCAUCGUGAACUAUUAUUUAUUUGUUUUCCUAGAAUUAUCAUAGUUUAUUCCGUUGUAGACCCUUUGAUCAUCCUCCGGAUAAAGGUACACGGCUGUACGUUCCUUAUUGUUUUCUUUUUCCAGUCCUGAGGAAUUAAAGUCACCGCAGUUAAUUUUCCGAUAGUUGUAUCAUCAGGGGCGAAGAAAUCCUUGAAUGAAGCAAAUUGAAAUUAAAGAUAACGAAUUUCUUGUAGUCGGUACAGCCAGGGGUUUCUCGACACGGUAAUGUUUUCCGGCGAGUCGUGGUCGCGAGAAAUUAGAAUUAGAUUGUAAAUGCCUGAAAGAUAUCGAAUGAAUAUUCUCAUUGAAAAUCGUCGUUCAAAUGAAAUCAUUGUAACUUUCCGAUCUUUCCACCGGUGAAGAGUCCAUGAAACAGUGAGACCAGCCAUUGCUGAGAGUUUCGAACACAGACGCAAGAACCAUCUCCGCGAAUAAUUAUUAUUUUUAUUCGACGUUUUACGCGCUCGGUACGUUAUUGUUUUGUUUUCUAUUAAAACGAAACUAUCGAAUUACACACGCGUCGAAUUUCAUUUGCAACAUCACAACAA